AUGAUCGUCUGGGUCCAGCUUCCUGCUCUGAAAGUGCACUUCUAUCAUAAGGAGGUGUUGACUAUCCUCGGGAAUCUCAUAGGGCGGACUAUUAAGCUCGACUACCACACCCUAACGAGACAACGUGCCAAGUUUGCUCAUCUAGCGGUAGAGGUGGACCUCUCCAAGCCCUUAGUCCCAAGAAUUUGGUUAGAUGAUGAAUGGCAGAAGGUCGAGUUCGAGAACCUGCCAAUCGUCUGCUUCGAAUGCGGCAAAAUCGGCCACUCGUCCGAUUCCUGCCCCCUCCUGCAACCAGUAACGUCACCGGCGGCGAUAUCCAUCCUCGGCGGGGCGUCACCGGACAGUUGCCCGGAGUUACCAGAAGAGAAUCCGGGAUACGGGCCGUGGAUGCAAGUUAGUCGGAAAAGUCGGCGCAAUUCAAGGGGCCAGGACGCGAAAGGUAAGAAAGAUGCGGAGGGGGGGAUUCCGGGAUCGGGCAAAGAUGGAAAGAGCGGCAAAGGGGGAAAUACGAAUAAGGAAGGACAGAAUCCCCUUUCCCAAGUUGCAGCUAGUAACGGUCACCAACCCCUCCAUAUCGGCCCACAAGAAAGGAAGGUUGGAAAUGGAAAGCACAAUGGCAGUGAUACGAGAAAAGGCAAGGAAAAGGUGGGCUCCCAACAACCCCCUUUGGGAAAGGGCCUGCUUGGGCCGGGGCCCAAUAACGCGAUCAAAAAUGGACAAGAGCCGAUAGCCGCCUCUGAGACCCGGGAAGCCCAACCCUCGACCACUAGUCAGAAUAUCAAUGGAAAAAAGUCUAACGCGGAGAAGAAGUUGGGCCAGGUGGGAGAUACGACCCAGAAAGAAGUGCCCCACGUCAUGGCUCCUCCUCCUCUCACCCACUCAGUCGUUGGCCCAAAUGGAACAACGAUGCAAAUCAUCGCCGUCCAACCACCUGGCGCGACCUCCUCCGGCAGGAAAAGCGAGGCGGCGCCAUCAACGGCCUCCAGAACAAAACCAGCAAAGAAUUCCAAGUCUCGAGGAAGAAAGGGGUCACAGGCCAAGCUUAAUUCGGUCAGGACCCUCCAAAUAUGGUCCCCGGUUAAGGAGAAGAGAUUGAAGAACAAAGUUAGGCUAGCUAAUCUUACUCUGCAGGAUAUUAACGAGUGGACUGAGGCUCGAGGGCGCCCCAACUUGAGCGCAAUUGACCAAACCGCCUUGGAAGGGCCGAGCCAGCAGCCACAAGAGGGGGUUCCGGAAGAGGCGAUGCUCACCACUGCUUCCUAA